AUGGAGGUGGAGGUGUACCAUCCUGACCCCAUGCGCGGUGGCAUUGGGCGAUGGAACUCGAUGUUCCGCUUCCGUCAUCUCGCCACAGGCCAGUAUUUGGGCGCCAUUCCGUACGAUG